AUGUCCUCCAACAAACCAGUUUUCGUAGCAACCCAUCCCCGGGCAUGCUCGACAGCAUUCGAGCGAGUCUUCAUGACUCGCCRCGACAGCAUUCAAACAAUCCAUGAGCCUUUCGGCGAUGCCUUCUAUUAUGGCCCAGAGAGGAUGGGCACCCGCUUUGAAGAUGACGAGCAAGCUCGCAUUGAAAGCGGCUUUUCCGAGUCCACAUUCAAGACCAUCAUGGACAGGAUUGAGCGCGAAUCCGCAGAGGGCAAACGUGUGUUUAUCAAGGAUAUCACCCAUUACCUCUUGCCCCCAAAUAGCCAAGCCGCUGCCAUCGCGCCCUCUCUCAGUCGGGUCAAGCGCGGCGUCGGCACGAACGGAUUGCCGGUCUUCGAGGCCGACGAUCCGUCGCGGGAGCAGAAGGAUGUCGACAGCGACCACGAUAGCGGCGUGUCCUUGACUCCUUCGGCUGGCAGUCCCUCUUCAAGCGCGAAGAGUCCGCCAUUUCCGUACAAAGAUGCGGUGGCAGAGGCUAGGAACCCGACUGUCAUGCCCAAGGAAAUCUUGGAAAAGUUCCACUUCACAUUCUUGAUCCGCCAUCCCAAGAACUCCAUUCCGAGCUAUUAUCGAUGCUGCGUCCCUCCGCUAGUCGAGAGGACCAAGUUCAAGCCCUUCAUGCCCGAGGAAGCCGGAUAUGACGAGCUCCGCCGCCUUUUCGACUACCUCAAGGAUUCCGGCAUGAUCGGUCCUAAGAUCUGCGGCCAGGAGAAUGCAGAGGGUAUCGAAACGAAGCCUGGCGGGGCCGAAAUCUGCGUCCUCGAUGCCGACGACAUGUUGGAUGAUCCUGCAGGUGUCCUCAAGCAAYACUGCGCUUCGGUCAAUCUUGACUUCGACGAAGCCAUGUUGAAGUGGGACUCUCCCGAAUCGCAUGAGUUUGCCAAGGAGCAGUUCGAAAAGUGGAAUGGCUUCCACGACGAUGCGAUCAAAUCGACAGAUCUGAAGCCUCGUGCUCAGAGGAACGCCGUGAAGAGCGACGAACAGCUCUAUGGCGAGUGGGWUAAGAGGUUCGGCCAGGAAGGCGCCGAUGUGAUCAAGAAGACCGUCGACGAGAAUGUCGCGGACUAUGAGUACCUCAAGCAGUUUGCUAUCAAACUCUGA